UCAAAUGCUUGACAUUGAAUUUUAUUGUGAAAAUUUGUUUAACUAUUUACAAUAAAUAUGGAGACUGGUGGUUUAAUGAAUACCCUUGGUAAAAGGGGUAAAAGGGUUACCAGUACUUACGCUGAAGUAUAUUAUGAUGACGAUUAUUGUGAUUACCAAAAACCCCUAACCGAAUUGAAAGGUGAUGUUUAUAAAGUACCAAGUAAAGAAAAGUACGCAAACGAUGAAUUAUGGAAGUCACCUAGUGACCUUUUAAUAGGAAUACUAGAAUUACUACCUCCAUUCACUUCAAAAAUUACUAGAGGAAUCACUCAUCAAGGAAUACUUGGAAUUGGUGAUGAUGUACUACAAGCUGAACAAGCCAAAUUUUAUGCCCGUGUUAAGCAACUAGUAUACGAUAACAAUGCUGCAUGGGAAUUCAUUUUGGAUUAUGAAAAGAAAAAAAUAAAUGAUAGAGUCAAAAAAAUAUACGAUAAAAUAUUUUCGAUAAAAAGUAAAAUAAUGAUAGAUGAAUGUUAUGCAUUUUAUGAGAAUUCUCUUAAAGAAUUAGAAGAACAUUUAAAGUCAGAAAUUAAACCAGUGUUAAUAAGUACCCAUUCAAAUAUAAUAAGUGAUUUAAAUCCCAAAAUAAGGUUUCAAUUGGAGAGAGAGAAAAAUAUCUUAGAAACUAUAUUGAAAAAAAGGUAUCAAUGCGAAGUUGAUAAAAUAACGUUAUAUUAUCAACUUCUUUUAAAAAAUGAAAAAAAUAGAAUUAAUAAAUUUAUUAAUCAAGCUUUACAUGAAAGAAAUGAUGCUUUACAGGCAUUUGUGAGACAAGUUGACCAAGAAAAUAUCACAAGUACUAUGUAUGUUAUGUGUACAGAAAGAAAAAAAUGUAGAAUGAAUAAAUUCAUACUUGAUAAUUAUCAGACAGCAGAAAUUUCUGAAAAAUUAAAAAUAAUAAAGGAUAAACAAGCUAUUAUAGAUGAUUUUAAGAGUAAAGAUGUAAAAAUAUGCUGUAUAAAUAAAGAUUGGGAGGAGAAAAUAAGAAAAGUAUUGCAGUUGUUCCUAAAAUUUAUUAGCUUUAGUUUAAAAUUACUGCCAGAACAGACAACUUUUCUUCUUGAUCUUGAGAGAAUGGUUGUCUUGCAGUUAAACGAGUUACAAAAGCUACCACCAAAAGCGCCCACUAUAUUAGUAGAGGAAAAUAUUUUCAAAUUUGAAAAAGUAGAGCCUUCUCAAGUUCCCUGCGAUAAGGAACCAUUCGUAAUUGUGGGCGAUACCGCAGACUCAAUCCCAACUAGUUAUGGAAGCACCGAAACGAUACCCUCUCAUGUAGACUUACAUUAUGUCAGGCUUGAUAGACAAUUUAUAUAUGCCAAAUGUCACAAAUUUGAAGAAGUGAAAGCAUUUUUGAAAAGCAAGACUUGUGAAUGCAGAGCACCUCGUGAAAAGGACGAAAACGCUUUCGAAGAAAAACCAUUUCAACCUCCUUUUGAUGCUCAAAAUACAACAAAAACAACAGAACCAAGUGAACUUAGUAGUGAAUCUUCUUUUCAACGAAUAUUAAUAGAUGAUUAUAAACGUUCGGAUCAGUGUCCUGCAAGCCAAUGUCAAGAUUGGAUAAAAAAACUACCAUUCCCAAAUUUAGAUAAUUAUUUAAAUUAUACUGAAGAAAAUUUAAAUAGACUAAAAAUAAUAAUUGGAAAAUUAGAGGAAAAAAUCGUAAUACCGGAACUCAUAAGCGCAAAAGAUAUAGUUUUCAAAGAAGUGCCAUAUUCAAAAACAAAAGAGCUCAACAAAAAUGUAGAGACCCAGUAUUCUAGCCAAGAAGAACUGGACAUCAAUGUUGAAUGUGACUGCUGUGCUGAUGAUAGUAAUACCAAAUAUAGUAAUACUAAAAUCCAAGCUACAGAAAAGACACAAAAAUUUGUUAAUGAAAUAAUAGCAAAACGUCAAAUAUCAUUGCGGAUAUUAAUUAAAGACCAUCCCAGCCUUCUUAAAUUAUUUACUGAUGAAAGUUUUGACUUUUGUUUAUAGACUCAGAAUGAAUACUUUAUAAUUAUAAUGUACAUUAUUUUUAAUAAUAUUUAUUGUGACAUGA